UGCAGCAGCAUCACGUUCAAAGGGAAGUAGAGAGAGAGGAGGCAGAGGGAGCGAUAUUAAUAGCCCAGAGCGAAGCUGCUGCGCAUCGAUAGGACUUAGGAGCAACCAGCAGACAGACAAAAGGCUCUCCUACUGAAAGGACCAGUCGAAAUGAGACCGCUCCUUUCUUCAUUUCUAUUAAGCGCUGCGGCGCUCGCCCUGGCCGGGGCGGCCAGUAUGCGCACCGAUCCAGGGAUCUCCUUCGAGUACCAUCGCUACGAGGAGCUGCGGAAAGCGCUGGUGUCUGUGUGGCUGCAGUGUCCGACCAUCAGCCGCAUCUAUACCAUCGGAGAGAGCUUUGAGGGCCGAGAGCUGCUGGUGCUGGAGAUGUCAGACAACCCCGGGACGCAUGAGCCUGGUGAGCCUGAGUUUAAAUACAUUGCCAACAUGCACGGUAACGAGGCCGUGGGCAGAGAGCUGAUCAUCUACCUCGCUCAGUACCUUUGCAAUCAGUACCAGCAAGGAAAUGACACCAUCAUCGAACUCAUCCACAACACCCGUAUCCACCUCAUGCCCUCCAUGAACCCAGACGGCUUUGAGAAGGCAGCCUCACAGCCUGGAGAGAUCAAGGACUGGUUUGUGGGUCGUAGCAACGCUCAGGGAGUGGAUCUGAACCGCAAUUUUCCAGAUUUGGACCGCAUCGUCUACAUUAACGAGCAACAGGGUGGAGCAAACAACCAUCUGCUGCAGAACAUGAAGAAAGCAGUGGAUGAAAACACCAAGCUGGCUCCUGAGACUAAAGCUGUGAUCCACUGGAUCAUGGACAUCCCCUUUGUCUUGUCAGCUAACCUGCAUGGAGGAGAUGUUGUUGCCAACUAUCCCUAUGACGAGACACGUAGUGGAUCUACCCAUGAGUACAGCGCCAGCCCAGACGAUGUUACGUUCAAGUCUCUGGCCAGAGCGUACUCCAUAUACAACCCGGUCAUGUCAGACCCACAACGACCUCCCUGUCGCAAGAAUGAUGACGACUCCAGCUUCAAGGACGGAAUCACUAACGGAGGAGCCUGGUACAGCGUACCCGGAGGGAUGCAGGAUUUUAACUAUCUGAGCAGCAACUGUUUUGAGAUUACUCUGGAGCUGAGCUGUGACAAGUUUCCCAAUGAAGAUACACUGAAAAGCUACUGGGAGCAGAACCGUGACUCCCUCGUCAGCUACAUCGAGCAGGUCCAUCGUGGCGUUAAGGGCUUUGUUCGUGAUCUGCAAGGAAACCCCAUCUCCAACGCCACCAUCUCUGUGGAGGGAAUAGACCAUGACAUCACCUCAGCCAAAGAUGGAGAUUAUUGGCGUCUUCUGGCUCCAGGAAACUAUAAAGUGGCUGCAACUGCCCCAGGAUACCUGACCGUCAUCAAGAAGCUGGCUGUUCCCUACAGCCCUGCAAUUAGGGUGGACUUUGAGCUGGAGUCUCUGAUGGAGGAGAAGGAGGAGGAGCGGGAGGAGCUGAUGGACUGGUGGAAAAUGAUGUCACAGACGCUGAACUUCUAAACUGUUUCGGACCAUCGAUGUAAAAUAUGUUCAUCCUGUGUACCCGUCCCAAUCUAAACUGUUUAUAUUCUUUCUCUUUUGUUCCAAUUCCAUUACUAUCUGAAAAAAUCUGUCCGUUUUGUUGGUGUUUGCGUCAUUAUACCUGUAGGUUAUGGAAAUGUGGAGUACACAGUUGAAAACUAAAGGCAGAGCUGGACGGUCGUUUGGUGGCAGUGAGGUUGAUGUUUAUUUUUGUGGUGAGCAUGGCCUGUAUCACAAAGAUGACUGAGUAAUAUUUAAUGAUGUAUGUAGAGUGGCUCUUUAUAUCAUCUUUUUUGUGGUCCUGUUUAACGUCUCUGUUUCACCCGACUUCAGUACAAAAAAUAAUAUAACACAAUCCCAUUCACUCUCUAACAACUGUGAGCACACUUGCUGAUAAUUAUCACUCUUCUGUUUUGUCUUUUGAGGGGAAAAAAAAAA